AUGACAGGUUGUAUUUCGCUCGAGGGCUCGACGGAGUGUCCCGCAUUUUCGUCAUCGUCCAUUUCUACCACUGCUAGCCAGGACUAUAAUUUCCUCCAAUAUGUCUCGGACAGAGCCGGCUUCGACUCGGCUCUCGCCUCAUAUGUGCAGACAAGCUAUGUUCAACAACAAUUCCAGGAGCGCCUCGGUUGCCAUGGUAUCGAUCUCACGAAUACCAGCAAUCUCUAUCCCCGAUUUCUCAAGUCAACCAUCUGCAGCAGUCUUGUCCAGGCCUCAGUAUCGGCUUGCAACCUGACUUCCGCAAAAUCUCGCCCGCUCUGCGCAGACUCAUGUGCCGAGUUUGCCGAGAGCGAAGCCUACAUUCUGGCCGAUAGUGCCCUCUGCUACAAUACAACGUCGGACGCACAGCAAUUGAUACGAGCGGACUUUACGACCUGCGCACUUCCAGACGAUUCACUCUCCACGGCACAAUGCAUCUCCGGCACUGACAACGAGCCGGACAACUGCGGUUAUGGCAAUAGUACUAUUGGGUUGUGCUCAUACUGCUCGUCUGGCGGUAUUAACUCCACCGACACGUGCUGUUACUCAGCCAAUGCGUCAAGUAGAUGCGCCGAUGUUAUCCUUCCCACCAUUACCACGACGAUGACAUUUGCUACCGUGACCGCAUCGGCUACCACAACCGCAAGUGGCAGCUCUACGGGGCCGGAGCAUAGUGUCCACAAAGGCCUUUCCGGUGGUGCUAUUGCUGGAAUUGCUAUUGGAUCUGUUGUAGGAGUUGCCUUGUUGGCGUUCCUGGCGUUCCUGGCCCUUGCGAUUCUGAGACGGAGACGGAGCGGGAGUCAAGACGGGAGCGUUUUCAACCAACCAUCGCCUGCUAGGAGGGGGGCUACCAUGUCCCAAAUUGGAGCGCACUCGUCCCACGGAGCCCAGCGGCCAUUCGACGUGCUUCCUGGUGGCCGUAUUGCGAGGAUGUCGGCUUUGGAAAGCCGUGAUGAACGCAAUUCGCCCACGCCUCCGGAACGAGGAGUGCCAUCUGCGGCUGCGUUGUCUGCUGGUGCUGCUGCAGGCUACUCGACACGCAGCAGCAGGCGACAUGGUGACGACCGCUCGUCGUCUGACGGCUUCCUCGACAGCCCGGAUUCGGGGGUCCGAAGAGGCGUCUUGCGACCACCACCGACUAUGCGGAGGACUGGGUCUCUUUCGAGCAACUCCGUUCUCGCCGGCGAAGACCCGCAAUCUCCUUCCAGCACUGGCGGGAUGUCCUCACCACACGCCUUGACCAGCCAGCAGUCGGAGCAGUUGCCUUUCUUCAAGGACUAUUACUCACAGGACGAUAUCCACCCCGGCGACCGCGUUUCUGUUCUAUGGGCCUAUCAGCCACGGGCAGCAGACGAGUUCACGCUGGAUCGUGGCGACAUGCUCAAGGUUGUCGGCAUCUGGGAUGACGGCUGGGCCACAGGUGUGAUCGCUGAUGAACGUGCCGAGGACUGGGAAGCCCGGAAACAGGCCCAGCGAGAUAGCGGGGUGUCCAACACAUCAGGCCGCGGCCGGGAGAUAUCGCCGGCUGUCAGCGGCGAGAUCAAGGCGUUCCCUCUGGUCUGUGUCUGCCUUCCCGAGCACUGGCGAAAGACGAUUGAAGGUGACGGAUCGACUGAAACUGGUUCGAGUGGGAACCAGGGUAUUUAUGGACCCUGA